AUGGCCUCGGAGUCGGUGAAGGUGGUGGUGCGCUGCCGCCCCAUGAACCAGCGGGAGCUGGAGCUGAACUGUCAGGCCGUGGUGACGGUGGACUCCGCACGUGGCCAGUGCUUCAUCCAGAACCCCGGCGCCUCCGACGAGCCCCCCAAACAGUUCACCUUCGAUGGCGCCUACUACAUGGACCACUACACCGAGCAGAUCUACAACGAGAUCGCCUACCCGCUGGUGGAGGGUGUCACUGAGGGCUACAACGGCACCAUCUUUGCCUACGGCCAGACAGGCAGCGGGAAGUCCUUCACCAUGCAGGGCCUGCUGGACCCGCCCUCCCAGAGAGGCAUCAUCCCCAGGGCCUUCGAGCACGUGUUUGAGAGCGUUCAGUGUGCAGAGAAUACCAAGUUUCUGGUCCGGGCCUCCUACCUGGAGAUCUACAAUGAAGAUGUCCGUGACCUGCUGGGGCCUGACACCAAGCAGAAGCUGGAGCUGAAGGAGCACCCGGAGAAGGGCGUGUACGUGAAGGGGCUCUCCAUGCACACGGUGCACGACGUGGCCCAGUGCGAGCGCAUCAUGGAGACGGGCUGGAAGAACCGCUCGGUCGGCUACACCCUGAUGAACAAGGACUCCUCACGCUCCCACUCCAUCUUCACCAUCAGCAUCGAGAUCUACGCCGUGGACGAGCGGGGCAAGGACCACCUCCGGGCGGGCAAGCUGAACCUGGUGGACCUGGCGGGCAGCGAGCGGCAGUCCAAGACGGGAGCCACGGGGGAGCGGCUCAAGGAGGCCACCAAGAUCAACCUGUCGCUGUCGGCGCUGGGCAAUGUCAUCUCGGCCCUGGUGGAUGGGCGCUGCAAACACAUCCCCUACCGGGACUCGAAGCUGACGCGGCUGCUGCAAGACUCGCUGGGAGGCAACACCAAGACGCUGAUGGUGGCCUGCCUGUCUCCCGCGGACAACAACUACGACGAGACGCUCAGCACGCUGCGCUACGCCAACCGGGCCAAGAACAUCAAGAACAAGCCACACAUAAAUGAGGACCCCAAGGACGCCCUCCUGCGCGAGUACCAAGAGGAGAUCAAGAAGCUCAAGGCGAUUCUGGCCCAGCAGAUGAACCCCAAUAACCUAUCAGCCCUGCUGUCCAAUCAGGUGCCCCUCAACCCUGUCCAAACUGAGGAGAAGCCGUUGCCCCCACCUGUGAUCCAGCAUGACACGGAGGCCGAGAAGCAGCUGAUCCGGGAGGGCCCUGGCUUUGUCCUGGCGGAGAACCUAAUGCCAGCAGGGACAGUGCUGUGGGGACUGGGGCUGGAUGUGUCUGCUGCUGGACUUUUGCCACUUGACUAUGACCUCAGGGCGGACUAUGAGGCAGAGCAGGAGUCCAGGGCCCGGCUGGAGGAGGACAUCACUGCCAUGCGCAGCUCAUACGAUGUGAAGCUGUCCACGCUGGAGGAGAACCUGCGCAAGGAGACAGAAGCUGUCCUGAAGGCAGAAGUCCUCUACAAGGCUGACGUCAUGUCCAGGGUCGAGUUUGCCAACAUAUCUGAUUACUCACCUCCUUUCGAGUAUGAGAUAGCCGUGAAACCUGAGAUCUACUCCAUGAUUGACACUCGACCCAGUGAGGACGUCCCCAAGACUGAGGUUCCUUCCCAGUCUGAGGACCUGCCCAAGAUGGAGACCUCCAAGUCUGAGAUUUCUUUUGGGUCUGAUGAGUCAUCCACACUCGAAGAAGCCUCCAUGUCUCAGGCCUUCCCUGGGCCCGCGGAGCCCUCCAACCUGGAGUUCUCUGUGCCCGAGGUGGAAGCCGAGAGCAAAUACUUCCUGGGUGAGAAUCUCAGCCAGGAAGUCCCCCCGCUGGAGGAGGAGCCCUUCCUCCAGGAUGAGGAGCCCCAGGUGAUGCCCCUGGAGCUGCUACCAGUCCUGCACGACCCAUUUGCAGAAGUAGAAGCAAAGCUGGCUAUGCUCUCCUCCACCAUGGCUGGGGCAGACGUGCCCCAGGCGGACGUACCCAAGGGCCUGACGCAGCACCCCUCCAUGACCGAUGUCCUGGAGCCCAAUGACCUCAGGCCCGAAGCUGAGGUAGCCAGCGACCUCCUGCCUGGGACCGAGGUUGAUCUGGGCCCAGAAGUGACCAAGGAGGUGGUACUGGAGGCAGAGCCUAGUGUGGAGACUGAGGUUGAGCCUCAGCCCCUGGUGGCCAUGACAAAUUCAAGAAAGGACAGUGUGGGCGUGGAGGUGGCCGUGCUGACAGAUAACCUGAUGCCCAUUGUAGACCAGCAGCAGGUGCUGGCCCGUUUGCAGCUGCUGGAGCAGCAGGUGGUUGGUGGGGAGCAGGCCAAGAACAAGGACCUGAAGGAGAAGCACAAGCGGCGGAAACGCUACGCAGACGAGCGCAAAAAGCAGCUGGUGGCGGCCCUGCAGAACUCGGACGAGGACAGCGGGGACUGGGUGCUGCUUAACGUCUACGACUCCAUCCAGGAGGAAGUACGGGCCAAGAGCAAGCUGCUGGAGAAGAUGCAGAGGAAGCUUCGGGCAGCAGAGGUGGAGAUCAAAGAUCUGCAGUCGGAGUUCGAGCUAGAGAAGAUCGAUUACUUGGCCACCAUCCGUCGGCAGGAACGUGACUUUAUGCUCUUCCAGCAGCUCCUGGAGCAGGUGCAGCCCCUGAUUCGCCGCGACUGUAACUACAGCAACCUGGAGAAGAUCAGGCGCGAGGCCUGCUGGGACGAGGACAAUGGCUUCUGGAAGAUCCCCGAGCCCAUCAUCAUAAAAACCAGCCUCCCAGUAGCAGUUUCAACAGGGCCACAGAACAAAUCGGUCCGCAAAACCUCUGCAGCAGACAAUGGCGAACCAGGCAUGAUUGCCAGUAACUACUUCCGGCCGAAGCGGGCCAGCCAGAUCCUCAGCACGGAUCCCAUGAAGAGCCUCACACAUCACAACUCACCGCCAGGCCUCAGCUGCCCUCUCAGCAACAACUCUGCCAUCCCACCCACCCAGGCCCCUGAAAUGCCCCAGCCCCGGCCCUUCCGCCUUGAGUCCCUCGACAUCCCCUUCACCAAGGCCAAGCGUAAGAAAAGCAAAAGCAGCUUUGUCAGUGAGCCCCUGUGAACACAGCUGCCUGCUGCCCUGCCUUUGGCUUUCUGUGAGACCGCCAGGCCCUCCCAGGGCAGCCGCAGCCAGACCUCCUCCCAUCUACCCCCAUAGUGACCAGAGGGCCUGAGGGGCCCUCGCCCUGGGAAGACACAUUCCUUUCCCUGUUCCCCAGAGAGCCCACUUCUGCCCUGGGCAGGAGCCCCUUGCAGGCUGUACCAUCCUUGGAGAGGUCCACUCUGGUUCUCCAUGCCACAUCAGUGUUUCCAUCUGCUCACCUGCCACAGACCCCCCCAUCUGUGCCCCCCAGUGUUGUACUGUGCCUCUGUGGGCUCAAGAACCUCAGCUCUGCCUCAAGGCCUUCACCAGCAGCCCCGACAGAGUGGGCAGCUGCUCCCACGUGGAUCAAGCUACAUAUCUUGACAACUGAAAAUUGUGCCUCCGUCCAGUUGGCCCCACUUACUGGGGGAAGCUCUGUGGGAUGGGUACAUGAAUCCUAGAGCAACUCUUACCCUGCUGCCCACUCCUUGCUGGUCCAUGGCCCAGAGGAGACCACUCCAUAUUAAGCUGCCCCAAUAAACUGCCUUU